GGGGAAGCCGCGUCCCUGUCCACCCUUCGCCACCCGGCCCCGGAGAGCCGGACCCAGGACGUGAGCGUCCGGAGCAUCCCGUUUUUCAGAGGAAGCUAAAUAACUGGUACAAGACCCUCUGUUUCUGCCACACCCACACUGCUUGCUCCAGAAUUUCCUGCACAUAGCCCAAGCACCAGCUGAAAAUGUGUAUCUAAAAUGCAAGCUCAGCUUAGCAGAAAUCUGUGGACUGCCUUGCCCUGUCCUCUAAAACUGGAUCAUGAAGGUAUUGGAAAAAAAUUACUUCUGGAUGUUGCUCCCAUUGCUUCAUUUGAUAGCAAAUGCUGCGGAACAUGAAGAGGUAGCGAAACACGCCAUCAAGUUACACCGAGGCAAAGGGGCAGCCAUCAUGCAGAGGAAGCAGUGGGUCCUGGAUAGCUGCAGGAAGCUCUCCGGGCUUCUCCGCCAGAAGACCGUGGUUCUUAACAAGCUGAAAAGCGCAAUCAGAGCAGUGGAAAAAGACGCGGGCCUGUCGGAUGAGGAGAAGCUGUUCCAGGUGCACACGUUUGAAAUUUUUCAAAAAGAGCUGAAUGAAAGUGAAAAUUCCGUCUUCCAGGCUAUCUAUGGGCUCCAGAGAGCCCUGCAGGGAGAUUACAAAGACGUGGUGAACAUGAAAGAGAGCAGCCGGCAGCGCCUGGAGGCCUUGAGAGAGGCUGCCAUAAAGGAAGAGACAGAAUAUGUGGAACUUCUGGCAGCAGAAAAACAUCAAGUUGAAGCCCUUAAAAAUAUGCAACAUCAAAACAAAAGUUUAUCCAUGCUUGAUGAAAUUCUUGAAGAUGUAAGAAAGGCAGCUGACCGUUUAGAGGAGGAAAUAGAAGAACACGCUUUUGAUGACAAUAAAUCAGUCAAAGGGGUCAAUUUUGAGGCAGUUCUGAGGGUGGAGGAAGAAGAGGCCAACUCCAAGCAAAAUCUCACUAAGCGGGAAGUGGAGGAUGACUUGGGUCUUAGCAUGCUGAUUGACUCCCAGAACAACCAGUAUAUUUUGACCAAGCCCAGAGAUUCUACAAUCCCACGUGCAGAUCACCACUUCAUAAAGGACAUUGUUACCAUAGGAAUGUUGUCUUUACCUUGUGGCUGGCUAUGCACAACAAUAGGAUUGCCUACAAUGUUUGGUUAUAUUAUUUGUGGUGUACUUCUGGGACCUUCAGGACUAAAUAGUAUUAAGUCUAUUGUGCAAGUGGAGACAUUAGGAGAAUUUGGUGUGUUUUUCACUCUUUUUCUUGUUGGCUUAGAAUUUUCCCCAGAAAAGCUGAGAAAGGUGUGGAAGAUAUCCUUACAAGGACCAUGUUAUAUGACACUAUUGAUGAUUGCAUUUGGCUUAUUAUGGGGACACCUUUUACAGAUCAGACCCACUCAGAGCGUUUUCAUUUCUACUUGUUUGUCCUUAUCAAGCACACCCUUAGUGUCCAGAUUCCUAGUGGGCAGUGCCCGGGGUGAAAAAGAAGCAGGUGACCUUGACUAUAGUGCUGUGUUGCUUGGCAUGCUGGUGAUGCAGGAUGUACAGCUGGGGUUAUUCAUAGCUGUCAUGCCAACUCUUAUCCAAGCAGGAGCCAGUACAUACUCUAGCAUUGUCAUGGAAAUACUACGAAUACUGGUUUUGAUUGGUCAGAUUCUUUUUUCGCUGGCUGCUGUUUUUCUGUUAUGUCUUGUUAUAAAGACUUACCUUAUAGGACCAUAUUAUCGAAAGCUACAUAUGGAAAGUAAAGGGAACAAAGAAAUCCUUAUCUUAGGAAUCUCGGCUUUCAUCUUUUUAAUGUUAACGGUCACAGAGCUGCUGGAUGUCUCCAUGGAGCUGGGCUGCUUCCUGGCCGGAGCGCUCAUCUCUUCCCAAGGCCACAUGGUCACCGAGGAGAUUGUGUCUUACAUCGAGCCGAUUCGCGACUUCCUGGCGAUCAUUUUCUUUGCCUCCAUAGGCCUCCACGUGUUUCCCACUUUCGUGGUGUACGAGCUCACCAUCCUGAUGGUCCUCACGUUGGCGGUGGUGAUCAUGAAGUUUGUUCUGGCAGCACUGGUCUUGUCUCUCCUCCUGCCGAAAACCAGCCAGUACAUCAAGUGGAUCGUGGCCGCGGGGCUGGCCCAGGUCAGCGAGUUCUCUUUUGUCCUGGGGAGCAGAGCGCGCAGAGCUGGCAUCAUUUCUCGGGAGGUGUACCUCCUGAUCCUGAGUGUGACCACGCUCAGUCUCUUACUGGCCCCAGUGCUGUGGAGAGCCGCAAUUACGAAGUGCGUGCCACGGCCAGACCGGCGGGCAAGUCUCUGAGGCACCAAGAUGAUAAACAACUUUGCAAAGCAAAACCUGUGUGCAGGGAAGCAUGACAUUCAGACAGUUCUGAACUGCACUUUGGGGAACAAAAUACGCUAUUAAGGAGGGGGGUGUCUUUUUUGCCCAGCUUUACAAUCUAUUACUGCCAUAUUUUAGAAUCUUCCAGAGUAAUUUAUUGCGUUCAAUUGAUCAUGCACAAUAUAAACAUUACGCUGCAUUUUAUAAGUCGCCUUGACUAUUUUGCCUGGAUGUGCCUUUUUUUCGGAAAUUAAUGUUAACUUUCUAUUGUUAUUUUAUCAAUUCAUGAUAUCUUGGUAAAAAAAAUUUAGAAAGCUUUUUUAUUUAUUGUACAACUUUGGUGUUGUAAUCUGUUGGUCAGUAUUUGUUAUUAAAACAUUUCUGUGAUGUGAAAUUUUAAUUCUGGCAAUGAGUUUGAAAAGUUACUUUUAAUCCUUAAAGCCUAUGUUUUCUAAAAUGAGAUAAAUAUCUUACAAAUGUCUAUUUGUUUUUUAUUAUAACAAUUUUAAAUAAAACAAUUUCAUGUCAGUUUUUAUUAGGUUAUAUAAUUCUUUUAAAAUAUUUGGUUUUGGCAUUCUUUAAUAAAGAUCCUUUAUGAUCAAAAUAUAACUAAUUGAAACAUUGAAAAUUAUUUUAAUAAGAUUUUUGUGUUUUAUUAAUCUUUAUCAAUUUGUUGUUGCUGUGAUUUGUAUAUUACCACACUAUUCUCCAAGAGACCAAAGUAAUGUAGUGCUAAGCCUAAGUUUUAACUUUCAAUUUUAAAAGUGUAUUUUGGUGAUUAUGUGCCCCAUUUUAGAAAACCACACAGAUGACUAUCUGAUCCUUUUAAAGAUUCCCUAGCUACAGUUUUCCUAUAAAUAUUGGCUUUAAGAGCCUAAGUAUUUGACCAAAAUACUUGGACAGUCUGUUAGGUGGAAUUAUGUAUUGCAGAUAUAAAUUAUGGAUUCCAGUAAUAUAAAUUAAAACACUUUAAAAUGAAGUAAAUUACAUCUAGUCUGAAGUCAGUCCAUGGAGAAAUGACAUAAACGUGCUUAUUUUUAGAAAACAGCAUUGGUCAUAUUCAUUUCUAAAUUAUACAGAUGGUCCUGCCCAUUCCCUUUGAGUCAUUGAGUGUAUACACAGCAGUGUGCUAGGCAUCCUGGCUUGGCCCACUCAUGUGAUGGUGCUGAGGCCUUCCUACCCCGUCUGUAACACUGUCUUAUUCCAUCCCGCAAGCUGGAACAUGCUGAAGGCCUCGGGAUACAUUUUACUUUGUUUUGAAUCUCCGGCAUCCCAGCAGAGCCAGAAGUUCAUUACAUUUUGUUGAACUGAAUGAAACCUAUUUGAUGUGCUGACAUAAAGUUUUCAACAAAACGUGGAGUUCACAUCACUCUGAGAAUGAAGUAAAUAAAGAUGCACACUGCCAGGCCAGCAUGGCUCAGUGGUUGCACAGCGACCUAUAAACCA